AUGCCAAACCACCACAAACACCUCCACGCGAGGCAGGCCAAGAAUAGCCGGGAUGACCUUCUUGACGGCGUCGACAGUAUCGCAAACGAUUUGAACCUUGUCGUCGACGCCACCCCUACCUUGGAAGCCAGGUCCCCGAAGACCGUCUACCAAACCGUGUUCACCACCCUGGCCCCGACCUUCGAAGGUCCAAUAGGUGGAUUGUCGACACAGCAACCAGGUGAAGAUACGACAACUGUCGAGGCCGCGACCACAGUUGCCCAAACCACGGUAGCCGAAACUAGGGCAGCCGAUACUCCAGCGGCAGCCGAAACCACGGCAGCCAACACUCCAGCGGCCGAAACUACGGCAGCCGACACUACAGCUGCCGAAACCACAGCUGCCGCCGCGGCAGUAGCCGUAACUUCGGAGGAGGAGACUUCAGUGGCCAAGACGACGGUCAAGGGCACCGCCGUGCCCGAGUCGAUCGCGGCUACAGGGACGGCUAGUGCGGACGACAAGACGCUUGCUUUGGCAACAAGCAAGCCGACUUCGACUCAGCUGGAGACUACUCACGCUCUCGCAAACUCUGGACCUGCUACCGCGACUGAUGCCACAGCCUCAGCAUCUCCGACUUCUUCAAGCUCCUCAGACAGCGGAAGCAGUGCUGCCUCCAAGGCCGGCAUUGCUAUUGGAGUCUUGGGUGGACUCUUUGUAGUCGGCCUCUUGAUCUUCUUCCUAUUCAACAAGCGUAAGAGGCAGCUCCAGAAGCAGCAAGUGGAGGACGAUGAGAAGAUCAACGGCGCCUUUGUCGGCCGCACCGAGUCUGUCCACACUGCGCGAACCAGCGUGACGCCACCCCAGUUGAGCCUGCGACCCGCUUCCCAGUUCAACCCAAGCUUCAACGAGCGACGUUCAAGCAAGGGCGCUCAUGUCCUGCUGGGUUCGGCCCCCAAGGGUUCGAACCAGCAGAGCGCGACCCGAGGGGCGGGUGGCAGCCUGUGGGAGCGGCCUUCAACCGGCCAGAGCCAAGAGCACGAAAACCCCUUUGGUAACGAUGCGGAGCGUGCCUACACUGCCACAGGCAACGAGUCAUCAGCUACCCACGACCAGCCCAGCAACCCGUUCAAUGCUCCAGAGAAUGUCGUCGGCGAGGCUCAGACCACUGACUCGGCAGAUGCUACUCCCAGCGCUGCUGCCGUCGCUACCGGUGCUGGUGCCGGUGCUGUUGCUGGUGCCGCUCUGGCUCGCAAGGCUUCCACGCGGAAAGACUCCCCGGCGCCUCUUGAUCUGACCCUACCACCCACACCUCCGAGCCCUGCAGGUACCGAGUUCAGCAUCAACUCUAUCGCCCCCGGACAAUCACCUGGUCCCUCGAAGAGUGCUGCCGCCAUUGCUGAAGCAGGUGGUCCCGCCUCGACUGCUGUUCACCGCGUGCAGUUGGAUUUCAACCCAACCUUGGAGGACGAGAUGGGCCUCACGGCUGGUCAACUGGUCAGAAUGCUCCACGAAUACGAUGAUGGAUGGGCACUUUGCAUUCGUCUUGACCGUUCUGUCCAGGGUGUUGUACCAAGGACCUGCUUGUCCACGCGUCCUGUGAAGCCUCGCCCUGCAACUGGAGGACCACCUGGCGCUCGCCGUGGUCCGCCAGUUAACCCGAACGGUCAACGCGGGCCUCCUCGAGGUCCUCCUCGCGGUCCUCCUCGCGGUCCUGGUCCCAACUAUCCCCAGGGACAAAGGCCAAUGACCCCGCAGGGUGGUCCCCCGCAUCCCCGACCCCAGUCACCCGCACAGAUGCGACCCUACUCGCCAGCUGGCGGACGACCAAUGAGCCCUCACGGUGGUCCUCCAGGAGGUCGUCCCUCUUCGCCUGCUGGCGGUAGGCCGAUGAGCCCAGGCCCUCGAGCUCAGUCUCCCGGACCUCGACAGCAGCAGCAGCGAUCGCAGAGCCCGAGCGGCGGAAACCGAAGACACACCCCUCCGGGCCCUAGCCCCAUGAACCCAAACCAAGGUCCCGGCUCUCCGCCCCAGCAGUACCGAGGACCCCCUGGACCUCCCCAAGGUCCCGUUGGCCGGAAACCCGUUCCUGGCCAGGCAUACUAG